AUGAGUCUCCCUCCCUCCCCCCCCCAACCCGGCCUUCGCCUGAGGCGACACGGAAGCAGCCCGGGAGUCCGCGUCUGCCUUGGAGAACACAAGGAAAAACCCCACAAACUCACCCGCUCCUCAACCCGCUCGCUGCCCUCCUUCGGCGGAAUGCCCCUUUCCCACGAGACGCGAGUCCCCGCGUCGGCCAGGACACGCCCCGCCCACUUUUCCCUCCCCUCAACCUUCUCCUCACGGGAGAGAGAGAGAGAGAGAGAGAGCGAGCGCGCGGGGGUGGGGCGAGCUGCCCCGUCACUUCCGGCCUCCUGUCGACGUCACUUCCGGCCUCCUGUCACCGUCACUUCCGGUCUCCUGUCACCGUCACUUCCGGCCUCUUCUCCGCGCUCGGGUUCCGAACGGGCGGCCGGCCGAGGGCCGAAGCGGAGCCCCGGGAUGGCGCGGCCGUCGCGGAGGUGAGCCGGGGCAGGAGCCUCCCGCUUGGGGGCGUUAGGCGGGGAGGGGGCUGGCGGAGGCCCCUGGGCUGCUGCUGUCGUUCGUUUGUGUAUAAUUUUUCGAAAUUAAUUUUUUAAUUAAAUUAUUAAUUUUUUAUUUUUUUUUACAAUUUAAAGUACUUAUUUCUCCAUCCUUAAGAUAUCCGUGACUUCGCUUCUUCUCUUUCCGUGGUUCAUUUUACAUAUCACAAACCCCUGCAUAUUUUACAGAAACAACACCAUUCAGUAUUCCAUUAUCACAUUCAUCAUAACUUAAUUACACUGUUGAAUUUAUUUCUCCCCCCCCUUUUGCUUUUGAGUGCUUUAUUGGUUGAAAUAACAGGAGUGUACAAUAGAUAUUAUAGGCAAAAUGAGAAAUUAAAAAAAAUAAACAGUUGUUCAUUCUUUAACUCAUUCUUGCUUUGUUUAAAGUACUCAUUUCUCCAUCCUUAAGAUAUCCGUGACUUCGCUUCUUCUCUUUCCGUGGUUCAUUUUACAUAUCGCAAACCCCUGCAUAUUUUACAGAAACAACACCAUUCAGUAUUCCAUUAUUCCAUUCAUCAUAACUUAUUUACACUGUUGAAUUUAUCUCUUUUUUUAACCCCCUUUCGCUUUUGAGUGCUUUAUUGGUUGAAAACUUUAUAACAGGAGUGUACAAUAGAUAUUAUAGGGAAAAUGAGAAAUUUAAAAAAUAAACGGUUGUUCAUUCUUUAACUCAUUCUUGCUUUGUUUAAAGUACUUAUUUCUCCAUCCUUAAUAUAUCCGUGACUUCGCUUCUUCUCUUCCCGUGGUUCAUUUUACAUAUCACAAACCCCUGCAUAUUUUACAGAAACAAUACCAUUCAGUAUUCCAUUAUUCCAUUCAUCAUAACUUAUUUACACUGUUGAAUUUAUCUCUUUUUUUAACCCCCUUUUGCUGUUGAGUGCUUUAUUGGUUGAAAACUUUAUAACAGGAGUGUACAAUAGAUAUUAUAGGCAAAAUGAGAAAUUAAAAAAAAUAAACGGUUGUUCAUUCUUUAACUCAUUCUUGCUUUGUUUAAAGUACUCAUUUCUCCAUCCUUAAGAUAUCCGUGACUUCGCUUCUUCUCUUUCCAUGUUUCAUUAAACUACACCAUUCAGUAUUCCAUUAUUACAUUCAUCAUAACUUAAUUACACUGUUGAAUUUAUCUCUCUCCCCCCCGCUUUGCUGUUGAGUGCUUUAUUGGUUGAAAUAACAGGAGUGUACAAUAGAUAUUAUAGGCAAAAUGAGAAAUUAAAAAAAUAAACGGUUGUUCAUUCUUUAACUCAUUCUUGCUUCAUACAUCCAUUUGUGAUUAAAUUUGUCAAGCCCUCUGAUCUUCCUCUUGCGUUCCUUAAAUACCCGCUUAAACUUUACUUUCUCCAUAUUAUUUGACUUACUAUAAAUUUUAUUUUAUACAAUUAUCCUAUUUGCACACUGAAGCUCAGUCAAAACCUGCCAAAGGAUUGAUCUUUUGACAGUGUUCUUUUACAGAGACUCUCUAUAUAUAUCCCACUCUCUGAACAUUUUUAAAUUUGUAACGUCUCUUAGCCUUGCUGAUAAUCUCGCCAGUUCGGCGUACUCUUUUAUUUAUUUUGCCAGUCUGACUUAGAUGGGAUAUCCUCUUCCUUCCAACCUUUUGCAAUUAGAAUUCUGCUGUUUUUUGUUUGUUUGUGUAUAAUUUUUUAUUAAUUUUUCUGUUUUACAAUUUAAAGUACUCAUUUUUACAUCCUUAAGAUAUCAGUGACUUCCCUUCUUCUCUUUCCAUGGUUCAUUUUACAUAUCACAAACCCCUGCAUAUUUUACAAAAACAAUACCAUUCAGUAUUCCAUUAUUACAUCCAUCACAACUUAUUUACACUGUUGAAUUUAUCUCAAUGCUGCCAGUGUUUUCAGCUGUACACAGUUAUUCCCCAUAUAUUCAACAAACGUUUUCCAGUCUUCUCUAAAUUCUCUUGUUCUCUUAUUCUAUAUGUUAAGCCUGCAAAAUUCUGCACUCUUCUUUCGUUGGGACCUCGCUUGUUUUCCAUUUUGGGGCUAAUCAAACACACAGUAGUGGCAUACAUAAAUAGUCUUUUUUGACACCCGGGAAUGUUGUUUGUUCCUUGAAUUUGUAUACCACCCUUCCCCUGAAGAUCACAAAAAACCCAAGGGAGAACACAAAAUUCAUAACAAAGAAACAAAAAGUCAAUAUCCUCCCUCCCACAGACACGCUUAAAAGGCUGUUGGUUGUUUUUUUACAGCCAUGCCAUGGACCGAUUGAAUGCUUUUGCCUGGCGCCUGAAGAUAUGUAAAGGGAAACAUGCAUUUUUAUCCAUAUUUUUCUUUUAGCCGUCUAGGAUUCAGAGACAGAAACUACAGCAAUGUAAAUCUAUUAAUAGCAAUCUAAAAUGUAUUAGUUUAUUUUACAUUUUUAUUCAUAGAUUGCACUUUGUUGUAUAGCUGGCUGCCCCUGAAUUUAUUUCAGUAAGACUAAUUCUAAUGCUCUUGUUGAAAAAAAAUCUGUGAGAAAAAUUCAGAGACAGCCAGCUAUACAGAAGCUACUACAGCAAAAUAAUUAGUAAAAAAAUAAAGUGAAUAAUUGUUUCAUAUACGUAUAUAUGUGUGUGUAAUGUAUAUAUAAUUGGGCAUUGUGUGGCUGCUACAGUAUCCUAAGAAGAGUCAAGUGUACGGUUUCUAAAUUAAUUUUACUUUUACAUGUUUCCCAGAAUCAUCAUUUCAUAAAGCAGUAGCAAUUAAAUAUGAAUAUUUUGAUUCAAGGGACGCGGGUGGCGCUGUGGGUAAAACCUCAGCGCCUAGGACUUGCCGAUCGCAUGGUCGGCGGUUCGAAUCCCCGUGGCGGGGUGAGCUCCCGUCUUUCGGUCCCAGCCCCUGCCCACCUAGCAGUUCGAAAGCACCCUUAAGUGCAAGUAGAUAAAUAGGUACCGCUUUAUAGCGGGAAGGUAAACGGCGUUUCCGUGCACUGCGCUGGUGCUGGUUCGCCAGAGCAGCUUCGUCACGCUGGCCACGUGACCCGGAAGUGUCUCCGGACAGCGCUGGCUCCCGGCCUCUUAAGUGAGAUGAGCGCACAACCCCAGAGUCGGACACGACUGGCCCGUACGGGCAGGGGUACCUUUACUUUACUUUAUUUUGAUUCAAAUACAACAACUGCUUACAUAUGCAUAAUGGUUCCAUGGGCAGACAAAAAAAUGACCCCUCUUAUGCAUUUGCAUGUUUUAUUCUUCUAGGAAUAAGAAAGCAGUUGAUUAUUCUCAGUUUGGCAGUGUGGAUGAAGAUGAUGAUGGUAAGUCAUUCGCUGUUCCUUCAUGCCAAAAGGGGCAGAUUCAGAUGGAAAGUAACAUGGAAGCUUGCUGAAACUGUUUUAUGUGAGUGCAACUAGAAGAAAAGUUCAUUGUGUUUAAGCUUUGCUUGCACUGGUUCUACAAAGGUUUAUCGCAGCUUUUCCCGAACCUGUUGUACAUUUAAAUAUGAGCACAUACUACAAGCCACUGCUAUUGUUUUAAGUCUGGCAAGGUACACUCUGUACAUCUGCUCCCAAUUAAUAUCAUAGCUGCAGUAUUUUGUACUUCCAAACAAUCUUCUGAACGGUUUUCAAGGGUAGCCCAUGUACACUGCCAUACAAUAUUCAAAUUUGGAUGACCCAUUCACCAGCACUACCUGUCUCUUACUUAGAUUGAGUUUCAGUUUAUUAGCCUUCAUCAAGUCCAUUAAUAAUCUUGGACUUCUGAUAGCUUAACGUGAAUCUGAUGAAAAGAGAAAUAAGAGUUGGAUAUCAUUGGUAUAUUGAUGACACUGCACUUCAAAUUCUGGGCGAUAUCUGGUUUUCAGCAUCGUGCUAUAUCACCAGCUAACCAUCACAAUAUAGUGAUAUAUCACAAUGACCGAAAUAACAUCUGAAAAAGCAGCUGGGCUGUGGAGGGAGGGAGGAACGACCAAGAGGAAGGGAAGAAGGCUGCCCGCUUGCUUGGGCGAAGGAGUUCCUGGCCUCUCCCUCCACAGCCCAGCCUUGAAGGUGCUCCACCUGCUUGCCUGCCUGUCUGUGCGUUUGCCUCUUCGCCCUAGCAAGUGACAUGGGCUGCUGCUUUCCUUCCAGUCAGUUGUUCCUCCUGUUACUGAACCUGUCUGAAACUGUCUUUACAAUCUGGACUUCAUACUUGUUUCAGGCAAAGUAUCGAAAUAUUGCCCAGCUCUACUGUCUGGAUAUCCUUACCCAGUGCCACAUAGUAGUUAGUUUGCAUUUUAGUUUACAACAUAUUAGUUUUUAGUUACAGAAGAUAGUUUUGUACAUACCAUGUCCUGGGUAAUGAAAGCUGGACAAGCUUGAAAGACUGGCUGGGUACAUGAGAGAGAUCACCAAAAAUAAAUGGAGAAAGGAGAAAACUGCUCGAUGUCUCCUUCCCAGUAAAUCUGAUUUUAAUACCCUCUAGCUUUCAUUGAGGGGACGCGGGUGGCACUGUGGGUUAAACCACAGAGCCUAGGGCUUGCCAAUUAGAAGGUCGGCAGUUCCAAUCCCCGCGACAGAGUGAGCUCCUGUUGCUUUGUCCCAGUUCCUGCCAACCUAGCAGUUCGAAAGCACAUCAAAGUGCAAGUAGAUAAAUAGGUACCACUCUGGCGGGAAGGUGAACGGCGUUUCCGUGCGCUGGUCUGGUUCGCCAGAAGCGACUUAGUCAUGCUGGCCACAUGACCCAGAAGCUGUAUGCUGGCUCCCUCGGCCAAUAAAGCGAGAUGAGCGCGCAACCCCAGAGUCAUCCGCGACUGGACCUAAUGGACCUUUUUACUGUCUGGAUAUCCUUACCCAGUGUCACAUAGUAGUUAUAUUGCAUUUUAGUUUACAACAUACUAGUUUUCAGUUUUUAGUUACCGAAGAUACAUACCAUGUCCUGGGUAAUGAAAGCUGGACGGGCUUGAAAGACUGGCUGGGUACAUGAGAUAGAUCACCAAAAAUAAAUAGAAAAAGGAGAAAGCUGGUCGAUGUCUCCUUCCCAGUAAUCUGAUUUUAAUACCCUCUAGCUUUCAUUGAAGAAUUCUUCCUAACAAAGUUCUGAACACACACAGCAAGGCUGCUUCAUAUGAAAUAAGCAUAACCUAUUGCCUGGCUCCCUGUCUUUGGGGUGCUGAAGAGAUGGCAUUCUUAACUGGAUGCAGCAAACCUCCUCGUUCCCUCAUCUCAGCUGACAUGUUGCAAGGAGAAGUGGGGACAGUGGCAAGGGAAGGAGGCAAACACCCCAUUUCAGUGUCCUUCACUCAUACCUUGCAGUGGGUGCCACUCGGGAGGAGGCAAUGUUAAGCAGAGAGAUGAAGUCCCCAUUUCCUUUCCCUUGUACUGUUCUGCUAUUACUGUGUCAAUAUCUCCCUGUACAGUGGUACCUUGGUUCUCAAACUUAAUCCGUUCCGGAAGUCCGUUCCAAAACCAAAGCGUUCCAAAACCAAGGCACGCUUUCCCAUAGAAAGUAAUGCAAAAUGGAUUAAUCCGUUCCAGAGUUUUAAAACAACCCCUAAAACAGCAAUUUAACAUGGAUUUUACUGUCUAACGAGACCAUUGAUCUAUAAAAUGAAAGGAAUAAACGAUGUACUGCAGUCACACAAUCAAUCAAUCAAUCAGUAGCUGAACUGGGUUCCACACAGUCACAAAAACAAAACAAAAAAGCCACAAAAACGCAAAAUAAAUAGCAAAAGCAGACAGACCUCAGUGUAACACACAAAACGGAAGUGUGGCAUUCAAAACAGAGCAUGUUCAGCUUCCGAAAAAAGUUCGCAAACCGGAACACUUCCAGGUUUGCAGUGUUUGAGUUCCAAGUUGUUUGAGUGCCAAGGCGUUUGAGAACCAAGGAACCACUGUAUUUUGUUUUAAAUCAUCCUGGAUUACUGCAGAAGUUCUAAAGCUCUAGAAUAUCUUACAAUACAUGCUUUAAACAUAUUGUUAAAAUGGGGGAUUUUUAAACAACUGGAAGAACUUGCACUGUUACAGUGCGUCUAAUGUGCUUCUGCUAAACAGAUGAAGAUUUUGCAAAUAUAACUGCACCUUCAAGCAAAAAAUUAAAGAGGACAUGCUCUGAGUUGACAAAGAAAAAAAUUGAGCAAAAGCCCCCCAAACAGGAGAUUCAGUUCCAAAAGAGUUCACCGAACAAAAGGUAAGAGAAAUCCAUUCAUUUUAAAUUUACUUACGUGUUUGCGAUACAACACUGGUUUUUUCCUAGCUGUGGUUAAGAAACAGGUAGCUGGCUUUGGGGAUAUAAGUUCAUUCCCUUGGAGUGGAGUGAAUUCCACUUGCCUACCUAAGAUCAGUUUAUUGGAACUGAUCUUAACCAUUAUGGAGGUUAUAAAAUCUAAAACCAGGAUUUAAAGUUGGUUUCCGAGCAUGAAAUAGUUUCUUUGUUCCUUUUUUAAUUUGUGUUGGCACUGAGGUUAAUAAACUUACAUAUUGAUAAUGUGUUUUCCAUCACCGUUUUUCAAAUUGCUUCAGACUUGCCUUGGAUCACAGACUUUACCAGAGAGAUUUGGAAGUUGCCUUAGCAUUAUCAAUGGAAGAACGACCAGGAAGGAACCAUAAAGUACAAGAUUCACAGAAACAAGGUGAUUCUUGAAGACUCUACGGAAACAUUUCUGUCUCGUGCUUUUUGCUUCUCUUAAAGUAGUGUUGACAUUUUGGGCUGCAGUCCCACAUGUAUUUAGGACCAGAAAUAAAAGACAUUUAUAAUUCUUUUUUAACCAAUAAGCUAUUUGAGAAAUAUUGAUGUUGAUGAAAAUCACAAAAUGUAGAAGUUCUGAAAUUCAGCCACAAAAACUAGAGUGAAAUACCUUCAAAGUUCAGUUAAUUAUUUUGAUAACUUUAAAAAGGAGAGACUGUAUCUGGGAAUAAGGUGAAGGUUCAAAAGUGUUCAUUUCUGAUUGCACUGUACAGCCACAGUCUGCUUACACAGGAGUAAAGUUCCCACAGUGUGACUUCUUUUUUAAUAAUGUGGUACAAAGAUAGUUAAUUUUCCUAGCCUGUUACUACUAAACUUUAUGCCAUUACUUUGUACCUGACAGUUUCCCAUUUCUGGUUUCAGCUGAAGAAUCUGAGGGUGAUUCCAGCUUCGGUGAAGAUGAUGAUGUUGAAUUCGUUUUGAAGAAGAAAGCUACAGGAAACAGAAAAGAAGGAAGGGAGCGAAAUGCUGAAAGCAAAAAGAAGGAAAAGAAGAAUUCCAAAUCAGAGAGGGACUCAAUAGGUAAGAUUUGAUUCUUUCCUGGGUGCCAUUUUGGUGCUAAGCUUUCUUGCAUCUGGUUUUCAGAGGUGUGUGUGGUCCUUUACCUUUUUUUAGCAACUUAUUAGGACAAACUUUUUGUUAACUGCUCCAUCGAAGUAUAUGUCAGAGGAAUGUGCUUGUUUUUCCCCAGUAGCUGUCAAAUUAAUUUGCUAUUUAGAAGUGACUUCCAUAUUUCUUAAAUAUAGCCUCUGUUCUGUAUCAUCCAUCCAUUAAAAAUGAUUUUCCAAAGUUAUUUUUUCUUAUUUUUUUUAACCAUGGGACUACUUCCAGCCAAAUCUGAACCAGCUUUGCAGAAUUUGUCAAGUUCUCUAGAACAGAUUGGACAGCCUUUGACAGCAUCUAGCACUUCUUUGGCCAAGAUGCCUAACUGCACGUCACCAGGUAUAUUCAAUGCAUACACUGUUUAUAUGGUUGCUUAGGAUACCUAUAUCUAUGCAAAAUCAUUGUCUGAAAACCAGGAUAAAAAUAUAAUCAUUAACUCCACCUAUUUUCCAUGUUCAGGUAAGGCCCCUUAGGAACCAUGGAUAAUGAAAACCUUUUUCCUCGGUAGCCUCUGGCUCUAUUUUUGCCAGAAGACAGACUGCUGGUUUUGGACAAUUUGCUGCAUUAAAAGGAAUGUGGUGUGGGUAACACAACAACAACAACAACAAUUUAUUACUUAUACCCUGCCCAUUUGGCUGGAUUUCCCCAGCCAUUCUGGGGGGCUCCCAACAGUAUAUUAAAAACACAAUAAAACAUCAAACAUUAAAAACUUCCCUAAACAAGGUUGCCUUCAGAUGUCUUCUAAAAGUCAGAUAGUUGCUUAUGAUGGGAGGGCGUUCCACAGGGCGGGCGCCACUACUGAGAAGGCCCUCUGUCUGGUUCCCUGUAACCUCAAUUCUUGCAGUGAGGGAACCGCUAGAAGGACCUUGGAGCUGGACCUCAGUGAACAAUGCAGGUGGAGAUGCUCCUUUAGGUAUACUGGACCGAGGCCAUUUAGGGUUUUAAAGGUCAGCACCAACACCUUGAAUUGUGCUCGAAAACAUACUGGGAGCUAACGCAGGUCUUUCAGGAGUGGUGUUAUAUGGUCUUGGCGGCCACUCCCAGUCACCAGUCUAGCUGCUGCAUUCUGAAUGAAUUGUAGUUUCCAGGUCACCUUCAAAGGUAGCCCCACAUAGGGCACAUUGCAGUAGUCCAAGCGGGAGAUAACCAGAGCAUGCACCACUCUGGCAAGACAGUCUGCGGGCAGGUAGGGUCUUAGCCUGCGUACCAGAUGGAGCUGGUAGACAGCUGCCCUGGACACAGAAUUGACCUGCGCCCCCACAUGAGUCCAAAUUGACUCCCAGGCUGCGCGCCUGGUCCUUCGGGGCACAGUUACCCCAUUCAAGACCAGGGAGUCCUCCACACCUGCCCGCCCCCGUCCUCAAAAACAUUGAGUCUUUGCUUUGAAUUGUCAUCCUAAAGUUUCUUGGAAGGAAAAUGGAACUGAGACUUUGGGUAAUUGACCCAGAAGAGCGGGUUUAUUAAAAGGCAUUAAGAGACACAAACAGUAUAGUCAAGUUACCCACAAGGGGAGGGAGAAAGAGCAGUCGUGAGCUGAAGUUGCACAGCUGCAUUGUGGCACAUGCUCUCCAAAGCAAGAAAGGGAAGAAAGGAAGAAAGUGACUCCUGCAAGAUCAGGCAGGAGGCACAAGUCAAAACAAGAGUUUACUUGCUCUAGAGCAGGCACGUCCAGCAGGUAGGUCGUGAUGUCUGGUAGAUCACUGGCAGAUCACUGGCUCCCCACAAAGAUGCUCAAGUAGUUUGGCUCUCCUAAAAAAAACUCAACAUUUUUGCCCUGCACCCCAAAUUGGCCUUCCUCCUUCCUAAAAAAAGCUCAAAGCUCAUCAACUUUGACCUGAACCUCCCAAAAGGGGGUAGAUCACUGCCAGUCUUUAACUGUGAGUAGAUCGCAGUCUCUUGGGAGUUGGCCACCCGUGCUCUAGAGUUUGCUGAGACACAUGGAGGAAGGAAGGGGAAGAUGGAUGCUUGUGGCUGGGCAGUAGGUGCCAAUGGCAGGGAGAAUUUGCCUUCCCUUGCCAUGCUAGAGCUUUCAUUUGGCAGGCUCAUGGGAUGCAGCGGUGCAAGAAUGGGCACCAGGCUGGGGCUUCUACUGGACUGCUUUUGGAAAACAUGCACACACAAAAACCCCAGAAAAAAUAUCAAGCCUUUCCAGAUAUUAGUAGAAGUUUCACUGAGCAGAACUGCAGGGGUUGAGGUUCAGCAUGAGCAUUCUACUGGAAGCUUCAAGAGAGAACAAUAUGGGUUCCAGGAUGACCAUUCUCCAAAAAAGCACACUUAAGUCAAGGAUGAAAACAGUUAUACAGUAUUAGAAGACAAAAGCCAGGGUGUCUGCUGAAAGAGGUUUUCUGUGGAAAUGAAAAGGGAGAUGCCAAGGCUAUUUUUCAAAAAGAGGCAUGAUAGAUGCUGGAUGGAUGUAUUUAGUGCUAAGUGGGAGGUUGUAAAAGGACACAGGACUCAUUCCAAUGGUACCUCUACUUACGUUCACCUCCGGUUACAUAUCCUUUGGGAUACGUACGCGGCAAACCCAGAAGUAUUUUUCUGGGUUUUGCCACGUACGCAUGCGCAGAAGCGGUCUACUGCCGCAUGCGCAGAAGCAGUCCCUCCGGUUGUGGAAACCUCGGGAUCCGACCAGAGCUCCAGAACGGAUCCCUUCCGCAACCAGAGGUACCACUGUAUUGCCAAAGACUUGCCUUGGGAUGGAGAGGAUGUUGGCUUUAGGAUGCUGAAGAGUUCCAUAUCCCAGAAUAAAUGAGGUCAAGGAUACCUUCCCCCCCUCCCCAUUUCACCUUGACAGCUACUAAUAGACAAGGUGGAAUCUCAGAGACAAAACGGAAACAUUGGCACAAACUGGAGAUGAUCUGACAACAACAGAAAUACCCCUCUGUGUACUAGAAAUUGUGCAUUAUGUGGUAUUUAAUGCUACUUGGUUCAGUUUGUCCACUGUUUCUUUCACUGGAGUUUCUUGCAUCUUGCAGAUUACUUGAACCGUGGGUUACCCCACAUAUUUCCCCGUCUCCCACUGUUUUGAGACUCAGACUUUUUAAGUGAGGUUGCCACUUAAUAGGAGACUGGAUAUAUUUGAGGAGGACUCGUUGUCAUGCAAAGAGUUCUUUAAAGUUUACCGCCCUCUUGCAUUUGUAUAGUUAAGGGCUGGAUUUACCGUAUUUUUUGCUCUAUAAGACUCACUUUUUCCCUCCUAAAAAGUAAGGGGAAAUGUGUGUGCAUCUUAUGGAGCGAAUGCAGGCUGCUUUCAGUACGCAGCGAUCCCUCUUGCUGUUCUGGCUUCUGAGAUUCAGAAUAUUUUUUUUCCUUGUUUUCCUCCUCCAAAAACUAGGUGCGUCUUGUGGUCUGGUGUGUCUUAUAGAGCGAAAAAUACAGUAAUUAAGAAGAUGCACUAGUGGGAGCUUGCUCAAGAAUUCCUCCAUCUCUUCCUUCACCCCCAAAAUUGGCUCUGAUGAGGUCUGGAAAAAACCCCGAAACAGUACUCAGGGAGGAGAGGGGAAAUGGUUCUGUUGUGCAAGCUGAAAAGCUUGGAAUGACGGAACAAUUUGCAAAACAUGCUGUGGAAUUCCUCUCUAAAUAUUUCUUCUGAAGCCUCUAAAGAGAUAAAAUGAGCUUGAGGAAGAGUAUGUGCCAGAGAUGAGCUUGCGUCUUACACAAAAUUGCAUGUACAACACUAAGAGUUCACUGUUAUGCAGACAGUGAAACAUGAAUACAAUAUUCUAGUCUACUUAUUUUUCUCAAUGUACCUCUCCAACAAUCUUUUCAGCUACAUCUGGAAGCAGUGCCAUGCAGCUGGGAAGAACCCACGGGAAAUCGCCCACACAGAGUCUCAGGCUUGGCCUCUCUAGGUUGGCAAGAGUGAAAUCACUGCACCCGAGUUUUGCCAGUACCUGAGUACCUGCGCUGGCUUCAGAGGGUUGCAAAUUGAAAUUAAAUCCUUUGGGAAUUUUUUAAAAUUGCAGAUUUUGUUUCAGGCAAUAUAUAUUUAUCAUUCUGAAUGAGAUAAAGUUGAUGCAUUUUAGAAAAGAUUUGAUUCUCAAAAAGUGUAAAGUGUGAGGUAUUGACAACACUUAAACUCCAGUGUUGUUGUCACACACACACACACACACACACACACACACACACUCUGAAAUCUUCAGAUCAUUGGCUGGCUUAAUACUUCAUAGAAGUCAGUUGUGAUCCAGGCUAGUUUCCAGUUUUUACAUGCUGCAUUUUGAACCAUCAUGAAGACCAGUUCACUUGUAACUUGGAUAUUUUGCUAAAAGCAAUAUUGAAGUUUCUAUCAUCCUUUUGAUAGAAAACAUGUUUUCAGAAAUUUAUGCUGUUAUUUUCUGAUGUUUGAUGUGUGGAUUUUAUUGGUAAAUGUAUAUUAUGUAUCUCUGUCCCUUUUAAGUGAAAUAAAAUAUCUGUAUAAAGAGCAAA